AACAGCGAACAGUCAGCAGCCAACAGCUGUUUUCUAUUUAUUUCGUCUACUUAGUCUCUCCGUGGAAGCUGUACAAAUAAAUACUGAUAUUUCCAUUUAGCUGAAUCUAGAAAGUGCUCUAACUCAACUUCAAAACAAGUGCAUACAUGCACACAUACGUGAUGUCUAAACCAGCAUUAUAUUAUUCAUUAUUUAGUCCACCAGCGCGAGCUUGUAUUUUAACGGCCAAAUUGAUUGGACUCGAAUUGGAUUUAAAAUUGGUGGAUUUUGCAUCGAAGCAGCAUCUCACACCAGAAUAUUUGGCGUUAAAUCCUCAGCAUCAGAUACCGGUGUUUGUGGAGGCGGACAAUGAGAUUUUUAUUGACAGUCAUGCAAUUAUGGCCUAUAUGGUGUCAAAAUAUGCCAACAACGAUGAUAUGUACCCUAAGGACUUGAAGAAACGUGCACGCAUUGAUCAUAUGCUACAUUUUGAAAACGGUGUACUAUUCCAAGUUAUCAAGGAUAUGGUGCGACGCAACAUCUAUGGAGGUGAAGCCGAGUUUAAUCCAGUAACAUUGGAAAUGUGCAGCAAUGCAUAUAGCUUUUUGGAGUCUUUUCUUGGUGACAGUCCAUUUUUCGGUAACAGUGCUGUACUCACCAUAGCCGAUGUUUGCCUCAACACAACAUUAGUUACACUUGACCUGCUCAUACCGGUCGAUGAUAAAAAACACCCGAGACUGAGAGCCUGGAUGGAGCGUAUGAAAACUCUGCUACCUUCAUAUGAGGAUGUCAAUUUAAGUGGGGCGAAGGUGUUGUGCGACCGCAUAAAGAAGACUAUGCGAGGGAAUAAAAUCAAGGCGGACAGCAUUACUGAAUAUGAUUAAGUAUGGUUUUUUUUUGCUAAAUUUUAUGUAGUGAAUUUAUUUUUAUUUAACUAAUAUUUCUUUGUUUAUUUAUUUAGUGAUGGUUGUUAAAUAAUUGUUGUAAUAAAAAUUUCACAUGACAAACAUUUAAAAAA